AUGAUCCCGCUGGGUGCACCAGCUCCAAUCAAUGUGGGCCCACCUACGCCAGAGAUGCUCGAGAAGAUGCGUCGGAUUCGAUUCUGCGUGAUUGGCACCUUCAUGGCCGCCGUCGGGCGUUUCUGCACCGGGGACAUUCCCAUCAACGAGAUCCUGUCUGGGAUUGUUGGGAUCUUCUUGCUAAGCGAUGACCCGAAUGUGGCACCUUGCUACGCUUGCUUGGCAAACAGUCCUCUCGGUCAAUGCACGGUAGGGGGCCAUGGGCUAAGUUGCGUGAUGGCGUACUCCUUCCUGGCUGGGCUGAAUGCCAUCUUCCUGACACUAAAGCUCUUGGUGGGAGGGCCCUUCGUGCUCGUCUCCUUCAUCUGUCAGGGUGCUGGCGCAUACCAAGGCCUCAAGCUGCACAACUUACUGAAUGCCAACAUGGCGAAUGUCGAUGGGCCAAUGGGGCCCAUGCUUGCGGGGCCCAUGCUUCAAAGAGGUGGCAACAAUUUCCCGGGUCCACAAGCUCCAAACGAGCCCCAGGCACCCACCUUCCAGGCUUUUCAGGGGACGGGCAUGCGCCUGGGCGGCUAG